UGGGAAACAAAAAAAAAUGGCGCCGACGUAAUCCUGAAUGUGAGCUGCAGCUUUUGAGGAAAUCGCCGACGUCUGAGCCUGAACCUCCCGAACCCCGGAAGCAAGAAGUCUGGCUAAGUGGAAGAUGGAGAAGGAACCGUCCGGACCCGGACCCGGACCCGGACCGGACAUGCUGGCCACUGCAGAGCCCAGCUCCAGUGAAACCAAUAAGGAGGUAUUGCCCCUGGCUGUGGCUGCAGAAGACCCCUUCUCUUCUAUGGAGGAGGAGCCAGGCCAGGACCCGGUAGCCACACCCCCUGUGUGGGACUGUGGAGGACCGGGAGGGACUCAGCAGGCUGUCUCCCCAGCCCCUGGCCCUAGCCCCAGCCCUGCUAACACAGGCUCCAGAACCAGUGAGGACCUGCGGCCUCCCAGACGACGCCCUCCAGCAGGGAAACAAAUACCCUGCUCUAGCCCUGGCUGCUGCCUUAGUUUCCCCAGCGUUCGUGAACUGGCACAACAUCUCCGGACCCAUUGCCCACCUACACAGUCACUGGAAGGUAGGGCCAGGGUAGGUGUGGGAGGCAAGCGGAGCUCCCAGGGCCAGCCCGGGCCACUCUACUCGCAACUGUCUUUGUUCCUACCAGGCAAGCUCUUCCAUUGCUCAGCCUUGAGUUGCACAGAGAUCUUCCCCAGCAUGCAGGAGCUGGUGGCCCACGGCAAACUGCAUUACAAGCCCAACCGCUACUUCAAGUGUGAGAACUGCCUCCUGCGCUUCCGCACACACCGUUCGUUGUUCAAGCACCUGCACGUGUGCGCGGAGCACGCGCAGAGCCCAGCCCCUCCGCCACCCUCGGCCCUGGACAAGGAGCCACCUGCAUCGGAUCGGGCCUCGGAGUCCGAUCCCACAUCUGUGCCGGGCCUGCCGUUCCCGCUGCUCGAACCCUUCACGACUCCGGCCCCCACCGGGCCAUUCCUACCCUACUUGAACCCCACGCCCUUUGGCGUGAGCCCGCCACGCCUGCGCCCCUUCCUGGCAGCCACACCUGGACCACCAGCCUCCAGCGCUGCAGUCUGGAAAAAGAGCCAAGGUGCUGGCAGCAGCCCCCGGAGACCCCAGGGCGGCCCCGAUGCGCCCUCAGGGAGCGCAGCCCCGAGCCGCAUCGUGUGGGAGCACACGCGCGGCCGCUACUCCUGCAUGCAGUGCGCCUUCUCCACGGCCUCGAGGCCUGCCAUGACCCUGCACCUGCGGGACCACCGCUCCAGCGCCCCCGCUGCCCCGGGGUCACCGCGCCCCCACACCCAUGGGGGUAAGGCCGAGGAAUGCAGGGAGCCACGAGCAGAGGGUGGGGCCGAGGCGCCCCCUCCUAUGUUCCACCCAGACCUGACCCCUACUUGCACCUAAAGUGUCACCGUUGCUUGGGGGGGGGCAGGGUCACAGCUUGGAAACACCAACCCUCUUGGCCCCGCUAUGGGAGGGAUGGGUGGUGGGGGUGGCAAUUUUUGUAAUUUGAGGGGUGGGGACAAUAAAGAGGCGCCAUGAGCCAG